GAGAGAGAGAGUGUGCAUGUGUGGUGCGCGCGCGCGGGCGUUCUGUGUGGCGGCAAGGGGGUGUAAGCGAGGGGCAAGAAAGAGAUGUGGGUGGUAGAGCAAGACAAGUGUUCAAUUUAAUGACGUUUUUCCGCGUCCUCUGUGAUUUUACGGUGCAGUCGAAAAUUUUAUUAAAACAUGUUAAGGAGUGUCUAAUUAUGAUACAGCAUCGAUGAUUCACAGCUAAUUCCAAGUGUGAUUGUAUAUUCCUUAAAACAAGGCUUCUUAAACGACAGGUAGAUCGAAUGUCAAAUAAGCAGCGACUGUAUUUAUUGCAUUCUCUGUCCAAUUAAUUGAAUGUCCCAGAUUACAGUUACAUCGAGUGGGAUGGAGCGUAGUAUUCAUGAAAUGUUGAAGGACGCACCUUCUCUAAAUGAGAGUGAUAACGCCGUACAUACCGGGACUCCACCACCUCAUGUACCAAACAACUGCAGCAGUGACAAUCAUCCGAGACCGGCUACCAUAAGUUUAGGUAGUCCUACAACUCAGAUUUAUGUCUGUAUUCCUACAGCAAUUGCAGUUUCGCCGAGUACGCCCGUUCAGAACGGCGAUACACAGACUAUGCGUACUACCCAGAGCAAAAUUGAGAGUCUGAAAAAUUGGAGUAUUUCUACAUAUAAAUGUACUAAACAAUUGAUGUAUGAAAGAUUAGGGAAAACGUCACGUACCGUAGACUUUGAACUCGAAACGCAAAUUGAAUUGCUCAGAGAUACUCAGAGAAAAUAUUGCAACGUUCUGCGAUUGUCACGAGCUUUAGCGUCACAUUUUCAUCACGUUGUCCAGACACAACACGCUCUUGGAGAAGCAUUUUCUGAAUUAGCACAAAAAUCUCCUGAACUUCAAGAAGAAUUUCUGUACAAUUCAGAAACACAAAGAAAUUUAACAAAAAAUGGCGAAACACUUCUAGGGGCCUUAAAUUUCUUCGUUUCCUCUGUAAAUACCUUGUGUAAUAAAACAAUUGAGGAUACGCUACUCACAGUGAGACAAUAUGAAACUGCAAGGAUAGAAUACGAUGCGUAUAGAACAGAUCUAGAAGCUCUUGUACAAGCUACAAAAUCAGAUAGUAAUAAUGCAGCAAGAUUAGAGGAGGCACAGAUUAAUUAUGAAGGACACAAGCAGAAUUUUGAAAAAUUGCGCUCAGAUGUUUCUAUCAAGUUGAAAUUCUUGGAUGAGAAUAGGAUUAAAGUAAUGCAUAAACAAUUGCUGUUAUUUCAUAAUGCUGUAUCUGCCUAUUUCUCGGGGAAUCAAACUGCAUUGGAGGCGACUCUCAAACAAUUUAAUAUCAAAGUGAAAUCACCGAACUCCACUUUACCGUCGUGGUUGGAGCAGUAGUUGAAUUAGAUUAAAUAUUUCGCCUUACCGCGAAUGAUAUGAAUCUAUAAGUGCGUUUUGUUCACCGAAUUGCAAAACGCAAAAGUAAAGGUAGGACAAUUACAAAAAAGAAACUUAAUGAUUGCCGGUACAUAUUUUGAGCUGCCGUUUAUUCUGAUAAUUUAAUAGAGAAUUAAAAAAUGCAAGAUUUAUGGUGUAUAAAUAGACUGAAUUUAAAGGUGUAAUAUCAUUAAUAUUUAUUAUUUUAUUACACACACACACACACAUACACAGACGCGCGCGCGCGAUGUUUACGAAUUUAAUUGUCAUAACUGGAAUUGUAUAAGAGGAUUGAUAUAUCAAGAAAAAAUUAUUUAGAUUUGGUCAUUUUUGGAUUGUUUGGACAAAAUUAUAAAAAACAAAAAUUUUUUUUUACUUAUUAUUUAUUUACAUUAAAUUAAUAAUAAUUUUAACAAUUCUUAUUAAUGAAGUUUUAUUUGACCAUAUUAUUUUUGUUAAUAAAUUGUAAAUAAAUGAUUAUUCUAAAAUGACUCAAGAAACCAAUUGCAAAAAUUUGAUCUCUAGAUCUAGUAUUUAUGACAUAAUAAAUUUUGAAUUUUUUGAAAAUAGUAUGGUCAGUGUGUUUAUAUCAGCAAUCAAUGCUAGAUGCAAUGCUUUUAUUGCCAAUAUUUUAAAUGAUAUUUUUAUUAAGAAAGGACAACAUGAAUAAAUAAGUCUAAACAAAUAAGUUAUAAAUCUAUGUAUCCAUCCAUCCAUCCAUAAUAAAAAAGGCCUGUAGAUGCGAGAAGUGGGCGUUUGAUCGCGCCAUAUUGUUGCCGCUUUUCUACGAUGCUGAUUGGUUUUCUCACUUGACUCACUUCGUGUUGCGAGAGUUCUAAUUUGACAGUUUAGUUAAUACAGGUGCGCACAAAGAGCGCGCUGCGUGCUAGUCCAUAAUAAGGAUGUGGAAACGCGAGAAUUUCGCUCAUGAUCAAGCGGUAUUGUUGCCACUUUUCCAUGAUGUUGAUUGGUUAUCUCGCUGCGCUUACUUCGUGUUAUAGAAAAUUGCAAAAAAAGAAACAAAAGAAGUUUUUGUAUUUUUGUGCCUGUAAUCGAACAGGAAUCUGAGGAAA